AUGUCAUUCGGCGACUCGACAACUCGGCGCGACCUUGUCAAACAGCAGGCAGAGAAACGAGAGAGAGCGGCCAUGGCGCAGUCCAUCCCGAAGCCCAACGCGUUCCUGGACAACCUCCUCGUGCUUCUGCUGGUGUGUGAACUCGCCGUCAUUGCGCGCACGCUGUGGGACGAGGAGCACAUGCUCUCCAUCCUCGUGGUCCUGGUCUUUGCGAUGGCUCUGGUCGUUAAGGGGAUCAAGACUGUGUUCGCGAAGGGAGGCGGGUGGUUCUCCCGCACCUUCUUGCAACACCUGGGGGAUCCACUGAAGAAGAAAGUGGCGAUGAAGAAGUGGUGCGACCAGUCGUGGCAGCUCGCGAUCCACGUGUCCAUGACGAUCUUUGAGCUCUACGUGCUCCGCGACGAGACGUGGUGGCAAGACACGACGACGCUGUGGAAUCAGGGAACCGAGACGGGUGUCUUUCCGUCGCACAAGUUUACGACGAAACUGCUCUACGUCAUGCAAAUGGCUAUCUACAUCUUCACGGCGUUCUCGUGCAAGUUUCUCGAAGAGAUCCGCAAAGACUACCUGGUCAUGAUGACGCACCAUGUUAUUACCAUUGCUCUUGUCACGUGGUCGUACGCAGUGGGCUUUUUGCCCGUGGGCGUGGUAGUGUUGCUGUUUCACGACAUGACGGAUAUUCCUCUCGAUAUGCUGAAGAUGGCCAACUACCUCAAGAUGGAAGGCGUCCGUGGACUGUUUACGAGCGAGAUCCUGUUUGUCACCACGAUCGUACUGUGGUUUUACUACCGCGUCUACCAGUACCCGACAAAGCUGCUCUACACAACCAUGGUGGAAACCCGAGAGGCUUCUAUGGCACCAUCGGACGCACAUGACUUCACGCAGCUUUUUCCCCACCCAGGACCCCCAUCGUGGCUGCUUUUUAACGUUCUGCUCACCUCACUUUACUGCUUGCAUGUUUGGUGGGGUAUCUUGCUGGCUCGGAUACUGGUUGGCGUGCUGACGAAGGGCGCUCAUGACACGGCCAAGGAGGAGUACGAAGGCACGUCGUCUGACUCUGAAAACGAGAUAAAGGAUGACUAG